GCCUCUUCAGUACAAGAGCGACCAUCCUCGCACCUCCUGAGGCUAAAGAAGUGACUUUCAUCUGAAAAUCUAGUGAGCGUAAUGGCGCCCAUCCAGAAGUGUUACGACGUGAAGAUCUCUGCCCCUGGCGUGAGCUGCCGUCGGUGCGGAGGAUCCUCCAAGAGGUCCUGGGACACGUUCCUUCCCAUCGCUCGAAGGGGAAGCUUCUUCCAAGAUUCGUUCUUCGCCAAUAUACAGCACGACUUCGACGCCGCCGUCAGGGACGUUCUGAACCGAUGGAGUGACGACGACCUCACACUGACGGACCGCAGGAGCCACAGCGACAUCAUGGGGCGGUACAGACAGCUUCGCUCUCGUAACAGGAAGGAAGAGAACCAGGCCAUCACAGUGACUUCAGACAGCUCUAGUCAUAAGAUUGUUCUGGAUAUGCACGACUUCAUGGGUGGAGAUGUGAAGGUGAAGGUAGUAGGUGAGAAGGAACUGGUGGUGGAAGGACGUAUGGAGAAGGAAGAGGGAAGAUCCUCCAUGUCUGCACACUCCUUCAGAAGACGAUUUUCCUUGCCUCAUCUUACUGACAUGACAGCGAUCACAUCUGUCAUGUCUUCGGAUGGAAUCCUCAUAAUCAAUGUGCCAGAAGUUGAAGAAGAUGCACGGCAGAAGGCCACCGUCAUUCCCGUCCACGUCGAGAAAACUGAAAAUUCCUCAAGAAUGCAGAACUGGGAAUCUUCUAACACAUCUUCCACUGCGUCUGCCGAGGCCACCUCCGUACAAGGAAAGUCCUUGGAGGUGGAUCAAGAGGAAUGUGAAUGUGCAAGAUGUUCUUUGGAAAAUAGAUGCCAGGCUAAGAACACACAGAUUCCACUCAGCAAUGCAUCUCACUCACGGACUGAGGAAGGAGUUUCUGCCUCAAAACAAAGUUCUUCAGUGUACACAAAAUCGUCUCAGAAUGAAGGUGCAGAAAUUGGCUCUUAUGGAUCAUGGGACACUUUCCUGCCCAUCACACGAAGAGGAAAUUUCUUCAAGGACUCUUUCUUCUCUGAUAUACAUCAGGACUUCAACUCCGCCAUCAAGGAGGUCCUGGAAAGGUGGAAUGACACCGAUCUGAGGCUGAGAGACCGCUGGGACGGCGCCGAUUUCCUCGACCACUACAGGCAGCUUCGAUCCCGCGACUUGAAGGAGGAGAAUCAGGCUGUCACCGUCGCAUCAGGCAACUCUAGUUAUAAGAUUGUGUUGGAUGUCCAUGACUUCAUGGCUGGAGAUGUGAAGGUGAAGGUGGUGGACGAGAGGGAGUUGUUAGUGGAAGGACGUGUGGAAAAGAAGGAAGAGGGAAGCUCAUCCCUGUCGUCCUAUUCCUUCCGACGACGCUUCACUCUGCCACAGCACACUGACAUGACAGCCAUCACAUCUGUCAUGUCUUCAGACGGUAUCCUGACGAUCACUGCUCCUGCAAAGAACAGCAAGGCUCAGCAAGCCAAAAGCAUCCCGGUCACAGUCGAAGGAAAACGGGCUGUUUCUCAGGAAUCCUCCUCCUCUUCCACAAAGACAAGUGUUACCAACGAAUCUGUCAAGGAAAGGAAAGAAGAUUGUGAAUGCCUCCACUCUUCCAAGACAAGCGAAGAGAAGACUUCUCAGAAGCCAAAUGGGAUGAAGAUUCCAAUCCAGAUUAUCGGAUCUGUGACAAAGGAGUCUGAAAAGGCUCGAAGCUCCUCUGCAGACACCUACGUAAGCUCUCAAGAGAACGUCAGUCAGACUCAAGUUCAGGAGCAAAAGCAAAGGAAGGCUGAAACCAUAACUUCUAAGGAAUCAAGUGCUGCAACAUCUACCUCCGUUAAUAGAGAAAGGCAGUCUGGUGAGAAGGGGAAUGCGAGUCUCAGGAGAAAUCGUCCCUUGUGGAAAGUACAAGUUGCCACGAAUCUGGAAGCAAGUUCAUCCCUAUUAGAAGAAGAGGACUUUUCUUUAGCGAUUCUGUGUUUCAAGACACCAGGGAUGACUUCCACAGGGCAAUAAAGGAGGUGCUAAGGAGCUGGGGAGAGGAAUCGUC